CAUAUAAUUUGCAUCUGGAUCAGCACGAGGCCAUAUCUGUGUUGGGAUCAAACGACUUUUACAUUUACCUACUAUAUUCUUGUCAGUAGUGUGUUUCUACAGUUAGAUUAUAACGAUGUACAAUUUUCCACUCAGCUGGUCGCGCAUGAUCCAGACAGCACAGCGCAACUUGUCUAUUCGAUGGGAUCUUCUGCAGAAGUAGCAGUAAUGAGUGCCACCUUUAACGUGGAGUCGAGUGGAGUAGUGCGGCUGCGGAGUUUUCUCAACUUUGAGCUUCGCCACACAUAUAAGGUCCCGAUUCGCGUCAACGAUGGGGAGUUCACAGCACAAAGCAGCCUCUUUGUUCAUGUGCUGGAUGUCAAUGACGAACCGCCGGAGUUUGAGGUAAAUCCAAAGCGUUUGGUUGCUGACGAGAAUGCGUCCGUGGGCAAGCUCAUUGGUCGAGUGCGCAUCCAAGAUCCUGACAGUGAGGCUGUGAAUGGUAAAGUGGAAUGUUGGGAACCUGAGGAUCUGCGACGUCACCAAGUGCUCUCGUUCUUACCAGAUCCUAUGAGCAAUCCCAGUGCUUCCGUGUACGAUUUGACGACGCGUGUAGUGCUCGACCGAGAGGCAUUCAGUGGGCCCCAGUUGGGUCGGCUGUUUGUCUAUCUGGUUUGCUCGGAUGGGAAUGGUCUGGCGAAUGAGAACAGGCCCGGGGUGAAACACACAGCAACCAUGACGGCUACAUUGAUGGUGAGAGACGUAAACGACCAUCCUCCUGUCUUCUCCCAGUCGGUUUAUCAUGUGGCUGUCAGGGAGAACAAUCUACUGGGAGAAAAAAUAAUACAGGUGAAAGCCACUGACGCGGACGAGGGAGACAACGCAAAAAUCAGCUACUCUUUACUUGACAGAGCCAAUUUCAAGGUGGAUUCUUUGACCGGUUGGAUCACAGCGAACGUGAUCUUUGAUCGAGAGACACGCGAUUCUUAUCAGGUUACAGUAGUAGCAAAUGAUCACGGGAAAGAACGCCUGUCUUCGUCUGUGCUACUAAACUUGACCAUCCUGGACGUGAAUGAUCAUCGACCUCAUCUACUACCCUGCGAAGGAGAACUGCCUAUUAUCGAUCGCGCACACCUGCAGACUGGCCGCAUUGGUGACCGAAAUUUAUUUGCCAUACAAGAGAAUCUUCCCGGAAACACUCAUAUUGGUGACCUACUUGCCAAAGAUGACGAUAUCGGACCGAAUGCGCAACUACAUUUUGAACUGGCCAAAGAAACCCCAUUGCCAUACUUGACGCAGUUCCGUCUGCUCCAUAAUGGUUCGUUGUAUACGAACAGAGAAUUGGACCGGGAGGAGAAAGAAUACUACCGCUUAGCCGUCCGUGUGACCGACCUGUCACCCACCGAUCCGCUUAGUUCCACCGGCACGAUAAGUAUCAUUGUGCUGGACGUGAACGACAAUGCUCCAAACUUUGUGCAACCCAGCGGACUUCUCAGAGUUGGUUUCGAUCGACCGGUAGUUGAAGAUGAUAGCGGUUCAAACAUACUUUACGAUCAACCACAGCUUCAGAAUGAGGUAUCAUCCCCGGAUCCUCUGACUAGCAGUAACCCAAAACCGACUGUACUGUUGUCCGUACGCGAGAAACCAGGUCACCUGAUCACAAAGCUUUAUGCGAAGGACCCAGAUACGGGGCCGAACGGAUAUAUAAGGUACACGCUGGCGGAAUUUGCAGAUUCGUCAACGGAUUUUGGUUCUGGUUCCAAGGCAAACUCAAUCUGCCGAGUGACGCAUGAUUCGGGCAACGUGGUACUGCAACGGCACCUGACAGUCAGCGAUUUGGGGAUGCACUAUUUCAAGGUUGCUGCCAUCGAUGACGGAUAUCCCACUCCUUUGAAAGACACCAAGAUCUUAGCAGUGCUCGUCAAAGACAUUCCUGCUGUGGGUAGUGAGCCCACCAACUCCUUGUCCUCCAGCNCUGCUGUGGGAGUGAGCCCACCAACUCCUUGUCCUCCAGCUAUUAUUCGAACAACCGCACGCGAUUUGAACUUGAGCUGUGGGGAUUUGAGGGCAAAAGCAAUCUAUUUAUCAUCACACGUCUCAGGGCUGCUGGCAUCUGUUCUUGUGACCGCGAUCGUGUGCGUCUCAGGCCCAUGCUCAAAAAAUCGCUCGGGCUUUUGUAGCAGGCGGAGAAGACAGAGACCGGGCCAAAGACCUGUCACCUCACCUGGAUGUUCAGAGACCGGAAACGGCUUUAUUCUAGGAAGCCCAGGGCAGAAUGGGAAUGGUGGAGGUUUGGGUCAUUAUGGUUUGCCCAGUUUUCACGAAGAAACGUUCAGCGACCUGCCGCCGAGAGGGGUCAAUCCUGGUUCACUGUUGCAAGAAGAGUGGCAGUUAUCCUGUGGGAGAGAUAGCUGUCAUGGUUAUGGUAACGGUAACCUUAUGAACUUCCCUCACAGACAAGCUCAUUCCAUGGUCAGCAGUGCGAGCCCUGCCUCCGCGCAGCGCCUGCUAAGUGCUGCUGACGAUCCUGGUAUAAAUCCCCCGUUCCUCUCAAAAGGUUUACAUUCUGCUGGUGACUCAGUUCACUUGGGAUCUUAUCUGCUGAACAGUAAUUGUCAACUUUUCCCACAGCAAAUCCUGCGAAUUGAUCAGUCAGACACAGUCGCCAAGAACUACGAAAAUCUUGGGCAUCUGCUUCACUGGAGUGAGGUAUCCACCGGUGAUGAUGAGCGUACACGUGACAGCGUCCCUGGAAAUACGCAUACUCUGAUCCCCAACGCCGGUGUUUAUGGAAGCCUGAUCAGCAAACCUCGAAGUUUUCCAUUGGGCCAGAAUGACACUGGUCACGAAACUUUUCCCCAGUCACCCCAGCCACUGAGCUUAAGUGGUGUUCACACGUUUUGUGUGGCCAAACCCACGGCUGUCACACCAUUGUCAUUUUGUAUUACGGAAAAUCCGACUAUGAAAAUGGGACCCGUUGCGCCCGAGGCACAAAAGAGCCACUUUUAUCCAACGAGCGCAGAGGGCUCCCGACAGACAUCCAACUCAAUGAACGACGGACGAACAUUUGAUACAUCACAGUUGAGGGCUAAGUAUGAAUACCGAAAAACACCCGGAGCGGUUUUUUCCACAUAUGAGACUGAAUUACAACAACAGUUGCAACUUUCUGUCUCAAAAUUAGAAGAGCAGACUUCUGAUUCUGGACAUGGUGGAAGUGAAGAAGAUGAUCACGCACAAAGCGGCGAACUGCGGCAGUGGAAAACAUGGCAACCGAUACGUAUCCAAUGUAGUCCAAGUAAUGCGAACAGCACAUACGAUCCAAAACAGCCAACGCCCAGUUGCUCGCCAGACCCACGAGUAGAUUUUAAGUGCGUUCUUACUUCCAAAGGAGAGAACAACAGAGAAACUCUCCAGAGACCUUGAUUCUCCCCGUUCCCAAAUGUGAAGUGAUUUCACUCUCCUUACGUCGGACACCUCUAAACAGAAGGCGCACUCACACAAGUUACAUUGGUAACGAAUAACUCCGUGAAGCGCCGGGAUCGUCCCAAUCAACUCCACCUUUAUGCUACCGGCUUGCCACUUGCUCAAUACAAUAAAUGAACCUAUGAUUCUUUGGUUUUGCAGUUAAGGUGAAUGCAAAUGAACACGGUAACGGAUAUCCAUAACCCUUUAUUUCAUCAUGUUGUUGACUGUGUUUCACACUACGCACUGGUAACCCCUUAAUUUCCUUCCAUCCAUAUGUACUUGUCUGUGCCCUGGGUGUCGUUGCACCCGCUAAAACUGUACAAUUUAAAUUUAUCCAACAGGUACGUGACGUUCAACUCGUGUUUUUGUUGGUGUCAACUUAUUUGUAUAUAAUACCUUCAUCUUGUUUGUAGCAACCACGAAUUCACCCAUGCGCUUACCUCAUCCGAUUUUCCACACAGAAAGUUUAUCAACAUUGAAAAUUCCAACACAUUCCCCAUCUGGCUGCAAUUUAUUUGUCUGAAUCACUGCUAUUUUCAUUUUCAUUUUGUACGCAUGACUCCUCAGUGGGUAGCUCUAGGGAGGCGAAUUGUUUCUAAUGACAGCAGUCAUUAC